AAAAAAACAGUCGAAGAAGCCCCGUUUAGUUUGCGUUGCAGUGUUUUGCUAGCGGGCUGCUAACACCAGGGAACUGUUUCUAAGUUCAAGUAGAAUGGCAACACCUGUGCCCGUGCUUCGCCUGCCGAGAGGACCCGACCCAAAUAGCCGUGGAUUCGACCCGAAUUCCCCCCGCUUCAUCGCACUUUGCCGCACGUCCGUCACUUCCUCCUCUCGCGCCGCUUCUGCGUUACGCGCAGACUCAGGCGAACUGAGGCCGGAGCAGAGCGCCCGUGCGCAGUUGAGGGAACGCUUCCUCCGGUGCGUGCUGGCCACGUGCAACAAGAAGGUGCGCUUCCACCUGCACGACAACGUCAGGGUGGAGGCCACCUUCGGCGCUUCUGAUAUCGACGUGCUCAACUUCCAGGUGUCCGACCUGCACACACCCAUCGGCGUGCAGAAAGAAGCCCUCCUCAGAUGUCAGGACGUCAUUUCAUACACGUUUGAUUUGUGAAGACGGCUCCUUGUCACACAAGGAUGCAACAUUGAACCUUUGCCUCCUUCCCUUCCUCUCGGAGGGAAUUAUGGCUGCAUUUUUUCCAGCCUUGAAUCAAAACAAGAAGCACGAACCCUUUUUCUAACACAAGAUGGCGCCAUGAGGCCUAUUUCUACUGCCUUACUACGGAAGCUGGACUUGCUGUGACCAUUGUAGUGUGCAGUAUUAGAAAACGUACAACAACAUUCAGCUGAAAUAAUGUCAAGUAUAUUUAGAGAAGAAAGCAUUAUGUUGGUAGAUGAUACGGCUCUUGUAUUGCACCUCACAAGUUGUGCUGUAGUGACAUUAACAGACUCGAUCGCUGCAUUUGUGUCUGUGGAGAAAAAACAUGAGGCUUACGGAUCCAAGAUUUGACGAGCAAAUUAAAAACGUCUGUGUGAAAUUGCUCAUGCAUGUUUUGUUUCUCCGUGAAUGCCUUUAUGCACUGCCAAGACACGUAAAGUAUGUGUAAGUACCUGCUUGAUGAGAAGAUAGAAACUUAAUAUUACGUUUAAUAAAAUAAGACAGCAGCUUGUGAAAAUAAAGAAAAACAUCAUUUCCAUAUCUAAGCUAAGGUAACUUUAGUGUCAAAUGCAAACUGAAUUGAUUUUUAGUUCCUGUUGUGAGACAGUUAUCAUUCAGUCACUGGUAUGGCUGGUUGGUCAAGGGCAGGGGCCGGGGGCCAUUUGCAGCCCACACAUUUUUUUUUUGGCCUGCGGCACAUUCUAAAAAUAUAAUUUAACAUGAAAACUUUUUUUUUUUUUAAGUGAUGUCAAAAAAGUCAAACAUAUAUUAAGAGAAAAAAGCUGUAAUUUUACGAGAAUAAC